AUGGAUUUCGUGAACAGGAUUACCAAGAUAAAAACCAAACGCAACGACAUCCUGGUGAGUUUUGACGUGGUUUCCCUGUUCACCAAAGUCCCAGUUCAAGACACCCUGGACAUUAUCAAGACAUCCAAAGAGAUUCCAUCCAACCUGUUCCCACUAAUAGAACACUGCCUCACUUCCACUUAUUUCCAGUUCCAAGGAGAAUUCUUCGAACAAACCACGGAAGCAGCAAUGGGAUCCCCUAUGUCACACAUCAUCGCAAACAUCUUUAUGGAACAGUUUGAGAACGAAAUCCUGAAGAAGGCUUCACUAAAACUCUCCAUGUGGUUCCGAUACGUGGACGACACUUUUGUCAUCUGGAACCACGGAAGGAAAACCCUACUUCUAUUUCUUACUUUUAUCAACUCCCAGCACCCUAACAUUCAAUUCACAAUGGAGAUUGAACAAAACUCCCAAAUCUCCUUCCUGGAUAUAUUGGUCCGCAGGAACGAGGAUGGCACCCUAGGCCACCACGUCUACCGUAAUCCAACGCACACGGACCGAUACCUCCAUGCAAACUCCCACUAUCAUCUCGCCCAAAAGAAUUCGGUGAUCAGCUCUUUAGUCCACAGAGCACACUCCAUCUCGGAACCAGCUGCCCUGGACGGAGAAUUAAACCACCUCCACCGAGCUCUGACAAGGAAUGGAUACAGUAGCAGAAACAUCAACCGUACAAUCCAGAAGCUGACAAACAAGGAACCCAGCCUUAAUAACACUAGAACGCCAGAGGCAGAGAAAGAGAAGAAAAAGGCGGUAAUAUUCCCGUACCUCCGAAGCACGACGGACCGCUUUUUGAGCAAGCAUAACAUUAGAAUGAUAUUCAAACCACACAACAAACUCUCUGAAAUGCUCCCCAAUCCCAAGGAUCGGAGACCCCAUUUGGCAGCCCCAGGGGCUUACAAAAUCCCUGCGCUUGCGGAAAAGUGUACAUAG